AUGAUUGUGAAGUGCUGUGUAGAUGGUUGUCCCUGGGAAAUUUCAGCAUAUGGUGUAGGUGAGAAUAAUGGAUUCCUAGUUGUGAGAAGAUUUAACCGUGAACACUUGCAUUAUGUACAAGACAACUUAGUUGUCCCUCAGAGAAAGAGGUGCAAACUUGCUUCAGCAGUCAUAAUAGAUGAGUUGAUUUCUUGCAUGCAUAAAGCUCCAAAUGACAUUAGACGAUAUUUGGAAAGAGAGUAUGGGUUGAGCCUCAACUACCAACAAGCAUAUAGGGCGAAAGAGAAAGCAUUGGCAAAAAUUCAUGGUUGUCCGCAGGAGUCUUAUAUGCUAAUCCCUUGGAUAUGUGAAAGGCUAAAGGAAAGUGAUCCAGAAACGGUAGCAAAGUGGGUUGCAUCAUCAGAUAACAGAUUUCAAGCUGUAUUUAUUGCAUACGGUUGCUGUGUAGAAGGGUUUUUGAAAGGUGAGACGCUUGAUGACUGGGCAUGGUUUUUUGGUAACAUAAAGGAUAUUACGGGAUCAUUAGAAGUGACAAUAGUAUCGGAUAGACACAACUCAAUAAAAGGUGCAGUGCAAACUGUGUUUGGAGGAGAUCGACAUGCUUUUUGCUACCGUCAUGUGAAGGAGAAUUACAGUGCUGAGUUUUUGAAGAUAACCAGGGGAAAGAGGAGGACCAACGGACAGACAAAGGAAGUUGCACUAAAAUUACUUGAUUCUAUUGCAUACGCAAGACUUGAUAGAGACUUUGAUCGCAGUAUGGAAAAGCUAAUGGCAUUUUGUCCAGAAUUGGGACAAUGGCUUCAGACAAAUGGAGACAUUGAGCGUUGGGCACAAAGCAAAUUUCCUUACAAGAGGUGGGACAAUAUCACAACAAAUCUAGCUGAAUCCUUUAAUGCUUGGCUUGUUGGUGAGAGGAAGCACAACAUAGCUGUCUUGAUACAUGAGCACAGGGAAAAAUUGGUAAACAAGAUGUACCACAGCAAAGAAGCCAUAAGAAUUGGACCAGUGGUGUGGGACCUAAUAUAG